UAUCAACGUACCCAUCCCUACCACAGAUCGGGGAGAACAGACUCAUAACAAAGCCAAUUCUACAUAUUUACCUGACCUCAAUACCUUCCCUCCCUUUUCCUCUCUCUCUUCAAACACAUUGACAAUUUGUCCCCAAUCUCAGUCCUACACAGACUGAGUGACUAUUGUCUCAAUGCCUAACGUAUCCUUUGACGUCUUCUUUGACAAGGACUUUAUCAACAUCACAGCUACCCGAGGAAUCAAAGCUCCCAAAGCCAAACCAGAGUGGAAAGUUCGAACCGUCCCAAAACUUCCUCCUAAGCCAAUCGAGGAAGUCCACGACGGUGCUCCACGACCACCUGUUCGCGAGAAAUUGACCCAUACUCGUCAACCACUUCAAGCAGCCAAGCAGAACAAAGCUGACAACUCCGACGCCACUUCCGAGACAGCUGAGAGAAAGAAGCCAGCCAAACUUGGUCCUAAGAAGUCUGCCACAGCAGCCUAAACAACCAUGGCAACUCAAUGGGUUCUGGGCAAGGUCUCUGAUGCCCUUGCCCCAACGAUCUCGAACACGGUGUCGAGUGCGGGCUCCUUCGCAGGCGGAGCCGUGAAUGCGGUUGGAAACACCAUCAACGGUGUAGGAGAAGGUAUCAACGGUUCGAUCAAAAGAUACGGAGAUGGAGUCAAGGACUAUGGUAAUGCAGUCAUGGAUUGGACGGGAGCAGGUGCAGUCAGGGCGGGGACUGCAGCAAACCCGCUAGGGCUGAGUGCCAACAAGGCGGGAGGAAAGGUUGCAGUGACGAGCCCAUCUAUCUACGCGCCACCAAAGUCAACGCCUUCCCAGAAGAUGCUGACGACGAGCAAGACAACGGGCACGCCCAUGGGUCAGAAGAAGAUCGCAGGUGCACCCCAGAAGAAGGCUCUGCCUGCCCCUGGUCCCACGCCAGUCGGUGCCAAAAAGGUCACAGGUGCUGGCGCUCCAGUGAAGAAGGCCGUUUCUGCUGCACCAGCAAAGACUCCCACACAUCCCAAUCCGGGUGCGUUGAGGAAGGCGCCGGCCGCGACGACAGCCAAGACCAAUGGGGUGACAGGCGCAGCUAAGAAGGUUACCGCUGUCAAGCCGAGUACUGCAACUGCCACCAAGACCACUAUCCCCAAGUCCACGACGACUGGUCGAGCGACCACAGCCUCGCGAGGGAAUCCUACAGCGGCGGCUAACCCUCUCGGCCUUGCCUUUUGAUCUUAUGGUAUGAAGACGAUGACAUCUGUUUGUGUAUUUGUAUGAAUGUGGAGAAUAGAUGUCUAAGUGUCGCGUGGGGUGUUGUGGUCCAUAGCUAUAUCAUGUUACAACAAUAUCAAAAUAUCAUGGUACUUUCUCGUUAAA